AUGUCGUCGUCCAAGCACACGAGCUUUGCCGACGUCGAAAAGAUGACUUCGUCGUCGCCGCGCUCCUCGCUGACCAUUGAGGACAAGCUGCGCACCAUCGACGAGCCGGCGCGCGGCAUCACGUUCCCCGACCUGCAGCCAAUCCAGCGCACCCCCGCCCGCGUGCCCGCCGAGUUCCGUACCCUCUCGAUCCACGUGUACGACUCGCAGCGCUUCGACGUGCCCUCCGCCACGGCUCCGCGCUCGUCGAAGCGCAAGUUCUGGUCGAGGACGCCGACGAAUGAGUCGACAGACGACGACACGGGCUUCUUCUCCAAGCUCGAGUUCCACACACUCUCGGCGCACGAGGUGGCGCAGCGCCUCGGCGUCUCGCCCGCCGUCGGUCUCGACACCGACGCGGUCACCAAGCGCAUUAAGCGCAACGGGCCCAACAUUCUCAUCCACAAGAAGCCCCAGAUCUGGAAGAAGUUCAUCCGCUAUGUCUUUGGCGACUUCUGCUCCAUCCUCUGGAUCGGUGUCAUCAUCUUCUUCAUCUCGUGGAAGCCGCUCGGCAACCCCCCGGCCCCGUACAACCUCGCUCUUGCGAUUGUCGUUCUUCUUGUCAUCUUCACCCAGGCCAUUUUCAGUGGCCUGCAGGACUGGUCGGCGCAAAAGGUCAUGGCGUCAAUUCUCGACCUCCUCCCUGAGAACGCUGUAGUCCUGCGCGACGGCGAGGCCAAGUCCAUCCCGGCGACCGAGCUUGUCGUCGGCGACGUUGUUCAGCUUUCCACCGGCCAAAAGGUCCCCGCGGACAUGAGGAUCAUCAAGGCAUCGCACGAUCUCAAGUUUGACCGCGCCGUCUUGACUGGCGAGUCGGAGGAAGUCCCCGGCGCCGUCGAAUCCGACGAGCCCAACUUCCUCGAGGCCAAGAACAUUGCUCUCCUCGGCACCCACGUCUGCAACGGCACCGCCACGGCCAUCGUCGUCCUCACCGGCAGCCGCACCGUCAUGGGCCGCAUCAACCGCCUCACCAACAAGGGCAACGACGAGCGCACCAACCUGCAGAAGGAGAUCAGCCGCUUCGUCCGCAUCAUCAUCAUCCUCACCGUUACGCUCGUCCUCAUCAUGCUCAUCACCUGGCUCGCGUGGCUCCGCAAGGACCACUUCGACUUCAUCAACACGGUCGGUAUCCUCACCAACCUCAUGUCGCUGGUUGUGGCGUUCAUCCCAGAGGGCAUGCCCAUGGCCGUGGCGCUCACGCUCUCGCUCAUCGCCCGCCGCAUGCGCGACGCCAAGGUCCUCCCCAAGUCGCUGUCGACCGUCGAGACCCUCGGCUGUGUCAACGUCGUGUGCUCCGACAAGACGGGCACGCUGACCGAGGGCCGGAUGAGCGUCGUGUCCCUCGCGUUCCUCGACCAGGAGUUUGUCCCCACCGAAGCGGACCACAAGGCGGCCUCAUUCGCCACGUUCCGCAAGGGCAUGACGCUGUGCAACGAUGCCUUCUUCGACAAGAGCGAGGACGGCGAGAAGGCUCUUCCUGUUUCCGAGCGCAAGAUCCAAGGCAACGCCACCGACGGUGCGCUCCUCCGCUACACGGCCUCCCUCCCCGCCAGCGACGUCAGCUCGCAGUACACCCGCGCGUUUGACAUCCCCUUCAACUCGCGCAACAAGUUUGCCUUGACGUACAUCAAGCCCACGUCCAUGGGCGACGAGCAGAUCAUCGUCAAGGGCGCCCCCGACAUCCUCAUGGGCCGCUGCACGUCCUACCUCUCGCACACUGGCCAAGUCCUCCCGCUCACCGCGUCUGCCCGCGCCUCGCUCCUCACGCUCCAGGAGAAGUGGUCGCGCAAGGGCCAGCGCGUAAUCAUGCUCACGGAGCAGACGUGCGUCGUCAAGCUCUCCGUCGACUCCACCGGCUUCGAGGAGGCCAUCAUGGAGCUCGCGUCGGACAACCUCACCGUCGUCGGCCUGGUCGGCAUCCUCGACCCUCCGCGCCACGACAUCCCGCACACUGUCUCCGAGGUCCGCCGCUGCGGCUCGCGCUUCUUCAUGGUCACCGGCGACUUUUCUCUCACUGCCUGCGCGAUCGCGCAGCAGAUCGGCAUCCUCCGCUCGCACGCCGACCCCGACCGCAUCCCCGAGUUUGAGGAGCGCAAGCGCAGCCAGCAGAUCGUCGACCUGACCGCGCGUGACGCGUACAUCGAGUCCUCGCUCCUCGUCGAGGGCAAGGAGAUUGCCGACCUCACACCCGAGGAGUGGGACAUUGUGUGCAAGUACGAAGAGGUCGUCUUUGCGCGCACCACCCCCGAGCAGAAGCUGCGCAUCGUCACCGAGCUGCGCAGCCGCGGCGCCGUGGUCGCCGUCACUGGAGACGGUGUGAACGACGCGCCGGCGCUCAAGGCCGCCAACGUCGGCAUCGCCAUGGUCUCGGGCUCGGACGUGGCCAUGGAGGCCUCGGACCUCGUCCUCAUGGGCAACUUCUCCUCCAUCAUCGAGGGCAUCCGCCUCGGCCGCCUCGUGUUCCAGAACCUCCAAAAGGUCAUCUCGUACCUUCUCCCCGCCGGCUCGUGGUCCGAGGACUGGCCCGUGAUCCUCAAUGUCUUCUUCGGCUGCCCGCUCCCGCUCUCCUCCUUCCUCAUGAUCAUCAUCUGCUGCUUCACCGACCUCGCGUCGUGCAUCACGCUCAUCUUUGAGAAGGAGGAGUUUGACCUGCUCUCCCUCCCGCCGCGUGACCCCGCCCGCUCGCACCUGGUCAACUUCAACAUCUACGCCCAGAGCUACCUGUUCAUCGGCGUGAUGGAGACGCUGACGGCGCACGCCAUGUUCUUCUACUACAUCUACACGGCGGCGGGCAUCCCGAUCAACAAGAUGUUCUUCGCGUUCGCCCACUACUCGGACGGAUACUUUGGCCACACGCAGGACGAGCUCAACAACUUCCUCAACACGGGCCAGUGUGUCUACUUUGUCACCCUGGUGAUCCUGCAGAUUGCCAACCUCUUCUCGGUGCGCAACAAGCGCAUGAGCAUCUUCCAGCGCGGGCCCCAGUCCAACUGGUGGCUCUUUGCCGGCCCCGUCGCGUCCCUCAUCAUUGCAAUCUUCGUCACCGAGGUCCCCGGCAUCCAGAACCUGUUCGGCACCGCGUCCGUGCCUAUCAAGUUCUGGUUCCUUCCUGUUCCCCUCGCGGUCGGCUUGUUUGCCAUGGACGAGCUGCGCAAGCUCGCUGUGAGGACUUGGCCGCGGUCGAUUGUCGCCAAGCUGGCGUGGUAG